UGAGUGAACCUUGCCCCAUGCCUGUCACAGCAGCUUUCUGUCCUUGACCACGCCAUGGGGAGCCUGCUGCGACUCAGCCUGCUCUAUGUUGUCCUGGCCAGCCUCCUGCUACCUGGAAAAGGUGUGUUUAUUAACCAGGAGCGUGCCAACAAUGUGCUGACAAGGAUUCGGAGGGCAAACUCAUUUUUGGAAGAGGUGUUUAAGAAAGGAAAUCUCGAAAGAGAGUGUGUAGAAGAAAUUUGCGUUUAUGAAGAGGCGAAAGAAAUCUUCGAGGAUGUUACAAAGACAAAUGAAUUCUGGUACAUAUACAAAGAUGGCAACCAGUGUGAAAGCAGUCCUUGCCAGAAUCAGGGUCAGUGUCGCGAUGGCCUUCGGGAGUACACAUGCACCUGUGCAGAGGGAUUCGAAGGCAAAAACUGUGAAUUCUUUGUUCGGAGACUCUGCAGCCUAGACAAUGGAGACUGUGACCAGUUCUGCAACGAGGAGCAGAACUCUGUGGUGUGCUCCUGUGCCAGUGGUUACCUCCUGGCUGAUGAUGGCAAGUCCUGCAUCUCCACAGCACCCUUCCCCUGUGGAAAGGUCACUGUAGGACGCAGGAAGAGGGCUGUGGCCCAGAACACCAGCAGCGUUGAGGCUGUCUCUGAAGACCUACUGGACUUAGAUAUCCUAUCCCCUACUGAGAAUCCUUAUGACCUACUCAACCUCAACGACACACAGCCCAAGAAGGACGGAAGGGCCCUUACUCGGAUUGUGGGAGGCAGAGAAUGUGAGGACGGCGAGUGUCCCUGGCAGGCUCUGCUAAUCAAUGAAGACAACGAAGGGUUCUGUGGAGGCACCAUCUUGAAUGAGCUCUACAUCCUCACGGCAGCCCACUGUCUCCACCAAGCCAAGCGAUUCAAGGUGAGGGUAGGGGACCGGAACACGGAGAAAGAGGAAGGCAAUGAGAUGGUUCAUGAGGUGGAUGUGGUCAUAAAGCACAACAGGUUUGUGAAGGAGACCUAUGACUUUGACAUUGCGGUGCUCAAGCUCAAGACUCCCAUCACAUUCCGCAUGAAUGUGGCCCCUGCCUGCCUGCCUCAGAAAGACUGGGCCGAGGCCACGCUGAUGACGCAGAAGACGGGCAUCGUGAGCGGGUUUGGCCGCACGCAUGAGAAGGGCCGCCAGUCACACGCCUUGAAGAUGAUGGAGGUGCCUUACGUGGACCGCAACACCUGCAAGCUCUCCAGCAGCUUCACCAUCACACAGAACAUGUUCUGUGCGGGCUAUGAUGCCAAGCUGGAGGAUGCCUGCCAGGGGGACAGCGGGGGUCCCCACGUCACCCGGUUCAGAGACACCUACUUUGUGACCGGCAUUGUCAGCUGGGGAGAAGGGUGUGCGAGGAAAGGGAAAUACGGGAUCUACACGAAGGUCACAGCCUUCCUCAAGUGGAUUGACAGGUCCAUGAAAGCCAAGGCACUGCCCACAGCUCACCCCAAGGUCCCCGAGUCCUCCCCAUUAAAGCAAUCAUUCUCUCAACCUGCUGGGUGGCAUCUGGUGGUGUUGAAUGUUGCAGCCAGAGCAGGGAUACCCGCCUGCAGGGAUGGACUCUUUUGGUCUGGUCUUCCCUUGACUUCGUGGCAAAGAAGCAGGCUCUACCUGAGCAAAGGUUCAUCUUCCUGAGCCAGACUGAGCUCUAGGAAGUCAGGGCUCUAGGGGAUUAGGGCUCUGCUCACACUUGGAUGGAGCCAUCUCUGCUUAUAAUCACAGCAUAUGACUCUGAUUUUGAGUGGUCAAACUGACCCUCUCAAGUGUGCUUAACUACCUUGAGAAUAAAUGUUCACAGCCAUAGGCACUUGAGUGCCCACGCACAUACACACAUGGUGAAACAGAGACUUCAGCCCAGAAGCCCCUUUAGGUUGUGAGGCCCCAGACACCUAUGCUUCCUUUGCCUGGCCAGAGAACCCUCACUCUCCCCUAGGAACUCAGUAAUAUAGAAUUGCUGGUAUCAUGACACCUACUAAGAGUAAAGAAUCCUGGGCAGAAAGGCUAAGAUCUUUGUCUAAAUAAAGGGACCUUUU